CGUUGCAGUCGGAGUCAAACACGGCCAGCCACCCUAGCACGACCCCGCUGGCAGCGUGCGGUCGGCGUCGGCACACGCACACCACUCGCAAUCGAAAGAAAGACAUAUACAAAUAUCACGACAAUGUCGGUGCAAAAUUCAACCAACUUGCACUUAGGCGAUUUUUGGUUGCUUGCCAACGCGAGUGACCAGAUGGCGGUCAACGAGUCCUCGCGGGACGGCAACCACAGCAAUCCCGACGGCGGAGAGUCGGACGAGCGACUUGAGUUGUCGCUGGCGGUGCCCAUGGGAGUCGCCAUGUACCUGCUCAGCCUGCUCACCGUCGUCGGCAACGCCAUGGUCCUCCACGCCAUCCGCACUGAACGGAGGCUGCAGACGGUGUCCAACAUGUUCAUCAUGAGUCUGGCGGCUGCGGACCUCACUGUCGGCGCCAUCGUCAUGCCAAUCAGCUCUGUUUACGCGCUCACGGGGCGUUGGGUGCUCGGGCUGGCCGUGUGUCAGUUCUGGUUAUCGGCGGACUACACGGCGAGCACAGCCUCCAUCUUCAACCUGUUCAUCCUGAGCGUGGACCGCUACUGGUCAAUCACGUCGCCGCUGCGCUACCUCCGCAAGCGCACCAAGAAACGCGCCCUGGUCAUGAUCGGGCUGGUGUGGCUCAUCUCGUGCAUGUGGAUCGUACCUAUCAUCAGCUGGCACCACGUGGAGCACAGUGGAGUCAGACGCAAUCCGCAGGACGUCUGCGAGACCGAGUUUGCAGGCAACGUCGUCUUCAAGGUUGCCGCUGCCAUUUUCAACUUCUACUUCCCCACCGUGCUCAUGGUUUACCUCUACGGACGAAUUUUCUUUGAAAUCAAGAAGAGGAGCCGCUUUGAAAUCGGGCAAUGCUCGCACGGCCGCGUGGGCAGCGGCGACACGAACGGCGCCGACGACUCGCUGGCCGACGACCCGCGGCAUUGGACGAGUCGGCGGACGUCGGGGCGGCGUAACUGCGAGCUCAACAACGGCGCCGUGGCGCUGCGUGAAUGGCGCGGAAACGGCGACGCCGCCAGCCGUCAGCAGCAGUUCCGCAACCUGACGGUGCUCUCGUAUCGCGAGGAAGCCGCGUGCGAGACCAGAAACGACGCACUCACGCACUUUGAGGGCGUCACCGUCAACGUCGAGUACGUUGGCGCUGCCGGCGGCGCCGACGCUCGCAACCCACCACCGCCGCCUCAUGCUCACCGCUCUGUGUCUCGUCGGUCUCGCCUGGCGAGAACCCACCUGGGCAUCUCGUUCUCGGCGAACCGGCGCGGCGGACGCGGCGCCACGGACGCGAUCGUGCUGCAAAAGGAGAAGAAGGCGGCCAGGCAGCUGGGCGUGAUCAUGGGCGCGUUCGUGCUCUGCUGGCUGCCCUACUUUGUGCUCUUCAUGGUGGUGGCGUUCUGCGAGGACUGCGUCGACCCCAAGUUCCACACGGCCACCAUCUGGCUGGGCUACGUCAACUCGACGCUCAACCCCAUCCUCUAUCCGCUGUGCAACGCCAACUUCAAGCGCGCCUUCAAGCGAAUGCUCGGACUCAGGUCGGCUAACAACCCUGCCACCCUGCCCAGGAAGAACACGUUCCACGCGGCGCAACACCUGGCCAACAACAUGUGAUACGACUGAACAGGUUCCGUCGCCAACUUGCGCGGGACAACACGUAAUUUUUUCUAGAAAAGCGGAGCGAUUUUUGUGUGAAGCACAUUUUGAAUUUUGGGGCCAACACACUCGCAAAAACAUUUCCUGGUCAAAUUCAGCACAGAGCAUAAUUCGUCAUUAUUUUUCAUUAGAGAACUAGUCGUAUAGCAGAGAGCUGGUUUGCGUGAUUAGGUUAGCAAUUUAAUUUGCUCGAAGAGUUGAGCGACCCUUUGAUAGCGAUCAACUCGCAUCCCAAUAACAUUGGGCUUAUCGAAAGAAGCUUGUUAGUUUAUUGAAACGCUAGACAUUGAAGCCUUGAAUUGAUUCAAGCGUGCUGCAAACCAGUAAUUAACCAGUUGGAGUGCUUUAGCACGCGCUUUUCCCAAUGAGGACGUGGCAACAUGAGUUGAGUUAAAAUUAGGCAAUCUGAGCUUGCGUUCUACCCGCAUAAACAUCGCUCAAAUUUACGAAAUUGAUUUUAAAAUGGCUAAUCCCAUCAGCUAAAAAUUGAAUAAAAAGUAUUGUAAAUAAAGCAGAGAGUAUAUACAUCUUCUCGUAUUGUAACGCAGCUGUUUCGACUUCGACCCCUCAGUACUCUUCAAUGGUUUUUUACUUCUAUAACAAAAUUCAUACCACAGCAGAGAAUUUUGUUUAAAGUUUAAUCUUUUCUUGUUUGAGCAAUUUUUAAUGAGCUGGAAACUGCUCUUCACGAAAAAAUGACAGGGAAAAUCAAUUUUAUAAAUUAAAGUCCACCCACAUGUAGUACGAAUUGCAAAAGAACUUGAAAUUGUGAGCCAUAAUUAUCGGCGUGGUUUUAAGAUAUAUUUUACUUUCACCAAGUGUCCUGAUUGAUUUUUUAAUACGUAAUCGUUUUGGGAAUUUGAUUUAUUUAUUUAUUUAUUUAGAGAAGAGAGGAAACAUGUUAGCUUCGCUGAAUUAAAAGAAAAUAUAUAGCGUCUUUAAAUCAAUUUUUUUACUAAUGAAGAUCUAAUUAAAUAAACUGCUCGGAUUCAGCGAUUGUGGAAAAGAUUUGUCACUACCUAAAUCAAGAGAAUACUUUUCCUUGAAAAAUCCUGAAUGGCAUGAUGGCAAAUCUUGAGAAAAUGGUCCGUGAUUUCCAUUAGGCAAGCAAUGUGUGCACGUUGGGAGAAUUAUUUUUUCGCAAAUAAAUGUUAAGGGUAUGAGAGGAACACAAGCUACACAAGCGUUUAAAUUUUCAUCAAAUCGGCCAAAUCUUAAUUUCAUUUCCUUCACCACGUUUAAUUACUCCACCAAGCUUUUAUUCAAAAUUGAGCGGACAGGAACAAAGACACACUCUCGUUAGUAGCGAAACAGCCAUUGCGUACUAUAUAUAUGCCAGAUUGGGUUGAAGAAUACAACCUGAUUUUUGUGACUUUGCCAUGGACCUACAAAGUUGGUCACCAGGGGUGUCUAAAAGUAGAAUAUUUUUACACCAAUUUUUUAUCUACGCUAAUCCAUGCAAAAGUUAUUGUCCUCUGGAAAAAAUCACCUUUUCAAACAAACCGUAAACUUUGAGCCCCAGUAAAAUAGUCAAUUUUAUCAAUAUUUUAGUUUCAAAAUUAUCUUUAUUAAGGUUCAGCAGUGCUAUUUUGUCCCAUUCAUUUCCAUAUUUAGACAAAUAAAUGCAAAUAUCAACAUGAUCAACAAAAUAAAGAGGGUGUGACAUAUGAAUACUUGGGAAACCCCUCCAGCAAAUUUCUAUAAAAUCUGAAGGUGUUGACAAAGUUUGUUUCAAACCAAUUACAAUUACGUUCCAACAUCAUUCCUUUUUUAGCGAGAAUGAGUCUAGAGUAAGAAUGAUAUAAAGUAUGCAAAUGUGUAAAAAUUUAAUUUAAGCAUAAACGCUUUCAUCUUUUCCCUACCGAAACCGCUCAAAGUUAUUAAAAAACGCUCGGGAAAGUUUUCACUAAUUGCCGAAAGAAAAAAGUUUUGGUUGGCGGGCAAGAUUAAAAUUCUCAACCCGGCGCCGAGUGAUAUUAUGAGGAAACGUUAUCCCCGCCUCGCGCUCGGUUUUGCUGGCUCUUUGACUGGCUGCAAUUAGGUUCGCUGGCUUACAUAAAAGCGAAUAUUGCUGCGAAGUUUCAGCCGUUUUGCUAUUCGAGCCGGGAAAGAGACUUGUGCGAGGUAAUUGGAGCAAACUUGAAUAGCGCCACUUGGAACUCUGUGCACGGAAAUGUGCUCAAUAUCAGCGGUGAUGCGAGAUGCGAAUUUUCCGUGAAAUCCGCCACCAGAUCCAAUCAGACGUGACAGUAAGGCAGCUGGAAUUGAUCCAAAAAUUGUAGCUUUUAUCGCGCCGGAAUUAGGAACAUGCAAUGCGCCUACCGCAAAAAAGCUUAUUCGCGUCCCCGCCAAAGCUGAUAAACAUCGUCGCGCCGCAUGUUUGCGGCGCGGAAAAAAUGGCAAAACCGUGGCAUGCGUUCAUUCGAAUUUAUUGCAGCGUAUGAUUUCAGCAAGUCAGCUUUUUCUUCCUGUUAAACUGCGAUUUCCUGACUAAACAAAUAAAUUAAAACAGGCCCGGUCAUUUUGGUAAUCUCGUUAAUUGGACGCACGCACAUUCAACACAAGGCCUUUGGGAUUAAAAACGUUCAUUUCAUUUUUCACAACGCGCGUGGAAAAAUUCCCAAAUUCGUUAGAGAGGGAUGUGAAUAGAAUAAAAAAUACACUAAUAACGAAAAAAUAUACCUUCAUCCUCUGUUUUGUGUUUCGACAGCGAGGCAUUGUACACCGAAUUCAUGGGGUGGAAUGCUGAAUCGAUGUAAUUGGCUCAAGAACAAAUUCCAGUUGGCUAAAUUUAGUCGGAAAAACUGCACCAACGAUGUGCCGGAAAUUCUUACAAUCGUAAGACUUUACAAAACUAGAUGGAACCUGCUGUAAUGCCAUAAAAUAAAUACAUAUUUAUUUGUUCUUAACAAUUAGUUAAGGGCUGGGAACAAAUUUAAUUAAAAAUAUCCUGGUAAAAAAGCACUCUAUUUUCUCAGGAAGCUCACGUAUGGCUCAUAUAAAAAUUGCCAGAGCCAAGAAAAAUGCUUUUAUUUGAUAAGAAAAAAUAAGAAAAAUUUUACCUGUACAGAUAAAAUCGUUUUUACCAUCGUGCAUUUUUACUUUAGCAUGCUUUGGUCGCGUGUAAAUCCACGCCCCUGGCAAUAAUUUCAUAACAAAACUUGAACUUAAUCAGUUGGCUCGCAUUGUCAAGGCAUUCUCAGGAGUGUCAAAGCAAUGGGAGGUAUUUCAACAGUUCGGAGAUCUAAUACUGGCUACCCAAUGUCAGAGAUAGCAAAAAGUGGUUAGUUUAGUGACUCGAAAUGCUCAAAUUGCUCAACGGGCUGGGAGGCGCACCGGCGCCGACUCGCUACUAGCUGGUUUCCACCUUUCCAGCAUGCGUGAUUUGGCUUCAUGGGACGAAUGUCUAGCGUUUCAAUGCAGUGCUCCGUGCGGAGGCAGGUUGCCCUUGAGUGGGCUGGGUCCCUGUGCGGCCUGGUGCGCCCAUGUUAUCCGUUCGCAGUGUUAUUGGGACCCGGGUUUCAGCAUCCGUGCUAGUGCAGUGCGCGCCCUUCCCGGUCCUCGGACAGGGAUAAAAAGAGCAAAAAAAGGUUUAAAUUUUUGCAUUAAAUGCCCUCUAGCGAAAAUUGCUUUUAAUCAAUAAAACUUUGGCAUGUAAAGAAUGAAAGUAAAAAUGCUCGUAAAACUCCUCAAUAGCGCACUGGUGGGCGAAUAAUUUAAUGACAUUUUUUGACUGCACUUCUUUUCCAAAAAAAGCCUUAAAACUAAUCAAACAAACCGCGUGGGGAUUAAACUUUAAUAAAAAAAUCAAAAUUUUCUCAAUGAUCUAUCUGGGAAUAAUAUCUAGGAUCUCAUUUUGGUAAUAAUUGCAUGUGGUGUAAUAUCAAACAGUGAUUUUAGGUGUCACAUUUUUCAUCACUAAAUUUUUCAAUUUUUCGUGCAUUCCGCAUACUAUAUUUUCGGGUAAAACUGUUGUUCCUAAUAAAAAAUAUUCAAUUGGAAACAAAAAUUGCCAAAUUAUCUUUAAAAAAGAGAGUGCCAGAGAAAAUAAGUAAAUUUUCACCAUUCCAGAUCUUUCCCUCUUUGCAUUGUAUACGGUCUGCGUGUUGUGCAACCCUGCUUUUGCCACACUGCUUUUUCCCCCCAUUGAAGCGCUCAUUUUUCCAAUACGCACGUAUGUAUUUGCGUCAACCCUGAAUGGAAACCAACAUCAAAGUUUGAUUACAGACGCCUGAGUAAGUCUCCAAGGGCUUCGAUGUGGCGCGGUGAAAGAAUGGGCGCUCGGAAAAAAAACAGCGCCGUCACAAACCAUAAGAGCGUUGCCUGCUCCACGCAAAGUUUGCGCCAAGGGCACCUGCAGCGAAAUUUGUUUCCUCUUUUUUAUGCGUGCCCUUCCGAGUGGGACUAAGCAGACCAUGCGGACGAUAUUACGUUUUAACUAUUUCCCGAGCAUUCGUUUGUCUUUUCCUCUCUCCGCUCGACGUGGCUUUGAACAAAGAUUGUACUUUCCAUCUUUGUCGGUCCGCAGAGCAUCGAAGGAAAUCAUGUGGAAUCUGUCGGCCUUGAUAAAAGAGCAGACAAGACAGGCUGAAGGAUAACAUGCUCGUUUGAAAAGGUGGACGUAGAAGUGAAUUCGCAGGCCAAUCAGAGAGAUGCGUAAGCGGCUUAUCCGAGUCUCGCCGCCUUCACUGACGGCAAGCCGUCAAAGGAAAUUCUACCGCGUUUGUUUUCUAGUAAUUUUACACGUGUCAGGAAAGCCAUUACAUGUCAGGUGAUUACUCUCGACUCCAUUGGCAAAUGACGGUAAUUUUAAUCCCCACGCCACAGUCUGCAAAACAAAACAUUAAUCAACCGAGACUUUCCCAAAAAUAAAAUGGGCAGCAAUUUGUAGCGACUUCAUAAAGAGAUUCAAUUAUAAACACAGAUUAAUCAACCCUCGUCUGCGCUAACUUUGCGGUAUAAAUUACAACUUUUAUCGCUUUUUUUGGGCUGGGAAUAAUUUAGACCCUUUUGCCACAUGAAAGGCCAUUCUUGCCCGUGAGCACCAUUCAGCCGUAAAAAAUAGAUGGUGCCCGGCCGGUCCAGUGGGUGCUGGCGGCUGCAAAAGCAAACUUAAGCAGCAAACUUGUAUAUGAAGUGCCAGCGAGCAGAGCAAAAGGCACGGAGACACACGCGUUAUUAAAUAAAUGAAGCUAGUUUGUGCGGCGGCCAGAGAGUGGACGGCUCCAGUGGAAGCGGUCAGCAAUGGCGAGAAAGAAAGGUUAUUUUAUCCGCCCACCUCUUCGGCCGCUGAUCUGCCUCUGUGUGAAGAACAAUAAAUUUUGCUCCGUGCUUCAACUUUUUUCUGGGACGGAAUGAGCUUAUCACUGCAGAGUUUAUUUAUUCCAGUAUUCGCGAUAAAUUAAUGACUCUCAUUAUUUUCCUGUCAGUACAUUAAUAUGGUGAGCGGAAAUAUUUCAUUAAUUGGGUGUUGUUACUUGUUGAAUUCUGCGCUACAAAUGAGCAACGCUUGACCAAUACGUUGAAAAUCAAAUUCAAUCAGAUUAUUUGUUAUUUAACUGUCGAAUUUAUUAUUAAUCUGCAAUAUUUCAAAAUAAUGUCAGCUGAAUUUCCAAUGCAAUCAUAUGUAUUUUGAAAACAUCAAAAGUCUCAUUUUUCAAUAAGUUUAACGCUUUGAUUUGUUUAUCAAUCAGAGCCAACUGAAAAUCUAAAGUACAGACACUAAGAUUGAAAAACAAAAAUUGAAAGAAAGAACCUGACUAUUUUGUUCAUUAAAUUUGACCCUUCAAAUUCCUUAGAGUGAAUCAGGUGGUAACCGCUGUCAAUGUGGUUGAAUUUGAAGCGGAAAAUUGGUUCAUCUGCCAAUAUGAAAAUGGGGGAAUUCAAGAAUGCAGGGGAACUGUGGCUAUGCUUACAAAUUAAGCCUAAAAAUGGUUUAUUUUUCUCAAAGUUUAUAAACUUAAAAAAGCAUUAUAUAUAAGCAAAAUAAGGUCGUUUUUCUGCACUUUUGGUGGCUGAAACUUUCGAAUUUUGUCCCUUCUUUCAAAUAUGUUAAACACCACAUUAUUAAUAAAUUUCUGAAAUACUGAAAAUUUAACCGCAGGUUGAUAACCCUAUAAAGAAUUUUUUAAGCAACCAAGUUAGAUAUUUAAAUAUUUACUUAAAUUAAUAACACACUUGCCUCUGGACCUAGCAAUUUCCACCUGAAAAUAAACGCAUUGUUCAAUUGUAAACACUCAUUUUAAAAGCGGAAGAAAUUUUAAUUACAGUGAUGCAGAGAAAAAUCAUGCCUAAAUUAAAAAUAAUCACCUUUGUCCUGUUACUCUACCUAUAACAAAGAAAUCAACUUUUCUUUUUGCAUCUCCUCGCAGUCACUAAAGAUGUAAGUUGUUGGAAAAAAUAUUCGAAGAAUUCCACUAUAGUUUUUUCAUUAAUUUUCGCCGACCAUUUUCCACGUCCUUGGCCAUGCAAAAUGCAAAUGAGAUUAAUGACGGGCCAAGUCGUGUGGACGUUUUUGCCCCGGCGUUGCAGAGAGCUCAAAGUGCCGGCCCGCGAGCUGUGAGAGAAAUCGCUUCUGGCAUAAUUUAUUUUUUCUGCUGCCACUCGCUCAAAGACGGGGAAAUGCUCAGCGGCCGUUCUGUUCGCACAACGUUCCUUGGUGUCCGCGCACACAUCGGUUCGCAGUUCGCACACUCACACGCAAAUGCACUUUUUGCAAUUUGCUGAAAGCGUCACACAGCGACGCGCAUAUUAAUCUAGCGGCGCCUCGCCUGCCCCGCUGAAUUGAGCAGAGACUGCAGCCUCUGUUUCUUUUUGCCCCGCAGCACACUGGCAUCCAGCUUGCGAAACAGUACAACCGACUGGAAAACGCUGCGAACGACAGCGGAACGAGUUUUUCCACGAUUUAUCUCUGUUUUUGUUGCCGACUUGGGAUGGUCUUUAAUUGGGGCAGCGCUGGCAAAAAUUGGCAACUAACACUAUAUAUAUAUAAAAAAUUAAAGGAAUAAGGAGCCGCAGUUUUAAAUGUUUAAAUAGUGCGUUGAGACCGCGAAACUGAAAUUAAUUUUAAUUGUUGAUAAAUUAGAGAUUGUUCAUCAAAUUGCUUGUGUGAAAAAGGCGCAAUAGAAGGAAUGUGAGUAGCAAUUAAAUUUGAAAGAUUUUCAAACUUAUCCGGUUUUAUUAAUAAUAAUUUUUUGUUCAUUUCUCUCGUCAUCGUCCCUUAAUGAAGUUUUCCCUUGAAUUAUUUGACUUUAUUUAUGUAUUUUGCGAUAGCAAUUUUGAUGGACGGUAGAGCUUGGCGUCGUUAAGCAUAAUUACUAAAACAAACCGAUCUUGUUGAAAUACCAUUGUAUUCUCAUAUUUUCAAAAAUAUAAUAAUACGCUUUUACUGUGUGAAAUGUCAAAAAUACUCAUUUAAAAACCGCACCGAAAAUACAAACACGGGAUAUUUUCCAAAUAUGCGUGAAAACGUUAUUAAGUAAGCCCCGAAAUGAGUUGGAUGCUUUUUAACCGCAUUGUCUAUAAUUUGAUGUAAUUCCGUCAGUUCUGACUGGAUAGAGAAUAUUUCGUGUUAUGGUUUUAAUACAUGUUUUCUUCAAUAUUACAUCUUUCUGCUUGGCAAAACAUUGACUUUUAUAUGUUCUGCGUGGUUUAGAAAAACCACGUAGUAAAAAUAUUCAUCUCAAGGGCCACACUUCAUUAAAUUUUCACAUUUGCAUUUUCGAGAACUUCAAAGUUGAGAAUAGCAAAUUUGUACGUAACUGGGGGUAACUAUUGAGUCAGCUGGAACAUAUCAGGAGUGUAUGAAUGUGAAAGAAAUUAAGUCACGCUUGAAUUCACAAACAUGUCCUAUUUUGUUUUUGGAGUUGUAGAAUCUGUGCUCUCUGUAAUCAAAGUGAUUUGACCAUCCAUUUUUCUGCGUGUUUUCGCGAGUGGCCUGAAAUUCAAACUGUGCUGUUUCUAUCUGUCGUGAUUGUUAUUUUUAAGACGGAAUAGGAUAGCAAGGUUGAACCUGCUACAAAGGCCUCGUGUGAAAUAAGUACUUAUUUUUCGUAUCCAACCGUCUAUUUUGCUCAAUUCAAGCUUGGGCCAAAGAAAAUAUUCGUAAAUGUAUGUAAUUCAACUGUCCAAUAAUAAACAACUGUUUUUAUUGUAUGAGUGUAAAACACCUUUGGAAUGCAUUUAUGCCGAAAAACACCCGCGUGCGGUGUGUUGUUUAAUGUGAUCUUGUCUCUCUUCAAACCACAUUAUUCUGUCUCGUUGCCGAUAAAUAAAAAAAAAAUGCUCGAGUGGAAAGAGUUCUGCUUCAGAGAUAUUUACGUAAGAGAGACAAAAAAAGGAUGCUUUUUCAUGAUAAUCUGCGUACAAAAAGUGAAUAAUAAGUUUUAUAAAUCAAACCAGGUGGGGAAAAAGGCUCAUGAGAUUGAUUCGAUAUAAUGAAGUUUAUCGGAUGAAAUAAAUAAUUUGCAAGGGGAAUUUAAUUGAAGGUUUAUUUUCCCCUCAUGCAACGUAAAAAAACUAUGAACCCAUAAUACUUCAUUAGAUUAGAUUGUAAAUAUUGUAAAGAAAUAUCGUGACAAAUUUGAUCCAAAUAAGAUCUCUAUAUCAGACAUGUUGGAUAUUCAUAGUUAAUUGUAAAACUUCCAAAAAAUGUAAAAAGUCCACAAAGCCACACUUUUUGUUCCACGUCUUUUAUCUCGUUCGACUUUUGUAAAUCUUUUUCAUCAAUGUUUGAUCUCUUCAAACCAAAAUGAGCUUAUCAAUGUUUCAAAAGAAUUUUAUGCGCUGUACGAAAAUAAAAGUCUCUGGAAGAAAUAA